UUGUCCGGGAGCUGAGCCCGGGCGUACCGGCCGGACCUCUGCGCCGCAGCCCUCGGGGGGCCCGCCGAUCCCCGGGGUGCCCACGCCCGCACAGUCCACUCAGCCCGCGAAGGCUGGCUCGGAAUUCGGGGCUGUCUGCCGCCGCCUCCGCGGGGUGACCGGGUUGCUAGCCUCUGGGCUGCCCAUUCCCCCUCAGCUUCCUUCCGCCGGGCCGGCUGUGCAGGGGGUGGGUGUGAGGACCCGGAGUGCGCGCGCAGCCGGGGGUGUGCGCUGGCACUUGGGGGAGCUGAGUCCCUGCGGCCCCGCGGGCAGGCAUCCCUUCCCUCGCUAGUCCCAGCCCUGAGGUCAGGUUCCUUCUGCAGCUCCCGCACUCGGCGCUAUCUUUGUCCCCAGGCCAUCCCCCUCGCCUACUCUACCUCCCACGCCCACAUUCCUCACUCAGUAAUUCCCAGACACUUCGGGAGGGCCGUGUCCUGGUUACACACUUGCCCUCCGAGGGAGGGUCGGCUUUAGGAAUCGUUACCUCGGAGCUAGCCUUUCUCUCAAAAACGGAACUUGUUUCAAAGAGAAAGCGUCAAAGUCUUUGGAUUGACUUAAGGACACCUACCCCAGUAUAUUGCCCGACUCUGUAGUUUGCUACUGCUUUAUGUGUGACUAUAUUGAGAAAAAAAUAUCUUCAUAAUCUACAGUCCAUACCAAUCUUUCAUUUAAUUUUAGUGUUAAAUAGUCCUGUAGUCUAUAAAUGAGAAAGGAAAAAAAAGUCAUAUGAUAGAGAAUGUUGAAAUAAGUCAAAAUGGUUUUUUUUUUGUUGUUGUUGUUCACUUAAAAUAGCAAGAAAUUUUCUGUUUGGGACCAUAUUUGGGCCAUGGGCUAAAGGAUAAUAGUUUUGGUCAUUCAGUGACCAACUGUUCCUUGAAAGUACAGAGUAGGUGGAUUAUUUAUUUAUUAUCUAUCUUUUGAGAUCCAACCAAGAACAUUCAUAGUCAUUAGGUAUACAUGGUCGAAGAAUGAAUUUGUGUGCAUUUUUAUAAUUGAGGUAAUUAUGCACAGUGCUUGUGCACCUGUAUGAAGUUAAAUGUUAACUUCUCAAAUUGGUAGUGACUGUAAAAUUGUUGCUCAAGAAAAUAUACCAACCUUUAAAUAAAAACUGAAAAGUUAGGAGACUGGGGGUGUAUCUUACUGGUAGAGCACCUGCCGAGCAUGAGCAAAUCUCUCCAGCAUUGAAGAAAAAGGAAGGAAGGAAGGAAGGAAGGAAGGAAGGAAGGAAGGAAGGAAGGAAGGAAGGAAGGAAGUCAAACAAAAGCCCUCCUGGGUACUUCUGGUACCAAAAGUAUAUUUUCCCAAUCAUGGUUUUAAUGACUCGAUUACCAUUGUUAGAAUUUGUGAAGUAUUGUAUGUUAGUGUUGAACAGAAAUUGAUGUCUUGGUUUUUGGGGUUGUUUGUUGGUUUUUUGUUUUUGACCAGGAAAGCUAAGGUGCCCAGGAAACCUGUACUGAAAAAAGGAUCUCAGACAAACCUUAAAGAUCCAGUUGGGGUGUACUGUAGGGUGCGCCCACUGAGUUUUCCUGAUCAAGAAUGCUGUGUAGAAGUGGUCAAUAAUACAACUGUGCAGCUCCAUACACCUGAGGGUUAUCGACUCAACAGAAAUGGAGAUUAUAAGGAGACUCAGUAUUCAUUUAAGCGGGUAUUUGGCACUCAUACCACUCAGAAGGAACUUUUUGAUGUUGUGGCUAGUCCAUUGGUAGAUGACCUCAUUCAUGGCAAGAAUGGUCUUUUGUUUACAUAUGGUGUUACGGGAAGUGGAAAAACUCACACAAUGACAGGUUCUCCAGGGUACGGAGGCCUGCUUCCUCGCUGUUUGAACAUGAUCUUUAACAGCAUAGGGUCGUUUCAAGCAAAACGUUACGUUUUUAAAUCUAAUGAUCGGAACAGCAUGGAAAUACAGUGUGAAGUUGAUGCCUUAUUAGAACGGCAGAAAAGAGAAGCCAUGCCCGUUCCAAAGACCCCCUCUAGCAAGCGACAGGCAGAUCCAGAGUUUGCAGAUAUGAUAAAUGUACAAGAAUUCUGCAAAGCAGAAGAUGUUGAUGAAGACAGUGUCUAUGGUGUAUUUGUCUCUUACAUUGAAAUCUAUAAUAAUUACAUAUAUGAUCUAUUGGAAGAGGUGCAGUUUGAUCCCAUAAAGCCCAAGUGGAACGGCUGCAGUACACCUAUGAGGAACCCAGAGUCUGUACUCCCACAAUCCAAAAUACUCCGAGAAGAUAAGAACCACAAUAUGUAUGUUGCAGGAUGUACAGAAGUAGAAGUGAAAUCUACAGAAGAGGCUUUUGAAGUUUUUUGGAGAGGUCAGAAAAAGAGACGUAUUGCUAACACCCAUUUGAACAGAGAAUCUAGCCGUUCGCAUAGUGUGUUCAGCAUUAAACUCGUCCAGGCUCCCCUGGAUGCCGAUGGAGACAAUGUCUUACAGGAAAAAGAACAAAUUACCUUAAGCCAGUUGUCUCUGGUAGAUCUUGCUGGAAGUGAAAGAACCAACCGGACUAAAGCAGAAGGGAACAGAUUACGUGAAGCUGGUAACAUUAAUCAGUCACUAAUGACGCUAAGAACAUGCAUGGAAGUCCUGAGAGAGAACCAGACGUAUGGAACCAACAAGAUGGUUCCAUAUCGAGAUUCAAAGCUAACUCAUCUGUUCAAGAACUACUUCGAUGGGGAAGGGAAGGUGCGGAUGAUCGUGUGUGUGAAUCCAAAGGCUGAAGACUAUGAAGAAAGCUUGCAAGUCAUGAGAUUUGCUGAAGUAACCCAGGAAGUUGAAGUAGCGAGACCAGUAGACAAGGUGAUAUGUGGCUUGACACCAGGGAGACGAUACAGAAACCUGCCUCGGGGCGGCCCAGUUGGAGAUGAACCUUUGGUGACUGAGAUGACUCUACAGAGCUUCCCACCACUGCCUCCAUGGAGACUUCUGGAUAUCAACGAUGAAGAGACCCUUCCGAAGCUGAUUGAAACGUUGGAGAAACGGCAUCACCUACGCCAACUAAUGACUGAGGAGCUUAACAAACAAUGUAUGACUUUCAAAGCCUUAUUAAAAGAAUUUGACAAUUCUAUUUCAAAUAAAGAAAACUACACUCAGGAAAAACUAAAUGAAAAAGAAAGAUUGAUUUCAGGACAGAAAUCAGAAAUAGAACGACUGGAGAAGAAAAACAAAACUCUGGAGUAUAAGAUUGAGAUUUUGGAGAAAACAACCACGAUCUAUGAAGAAGAUAAGCGCAAUCUGCAGCAGGAGCUUGAGAGCCAGAAUCAGAAGCUUCAGCGGCAGCUUUCUGACAAGCGCAGAUUAGAAGCCAGGUUGCAAGGCAUGGUGACAGAGACGACGAUGAAAUGGCAGAAGGAGUGUGAUCGUCGGGUAGCAGCCACCCAGCUGGAGAUGCAGAAUAAACUCUGGGUCAAAGAUGAAAAGCUCAAACAGCUGAAGGCCAUUGUGACUGAACCUAAAUCUGAGAAGCCAGAGAGACCCUCCCGGGAGCGGGACCGGGAAAAAAUCAUUCACAGAUCUGUUUCUCCUUCGCCUGUGCCUCUUUCUAGUAACAAUAUUGCUCAGAUUUCCAACGGCCAGCAACUCAUGAGCCAGCCACAGCUACACAGGCGCUCUAACUCUUGCAGCAGCAUUUCUGUAGCUUCCUGUAUUUCGGAGUGGGAGCAGAAACUGUCUCCGUUCAGCACACCUGUCAAUGUCACCUCUCUUGCAAGGCAUAGGCAGCAGGAGCCAGGACAAAGUAAAACGUGUAUCGUGUCAGACAGAAGGCGGGGCAUGUACUGGACGGAAGGCAGGGAGAUGGUCCCUACAUUCAGCAGUGAGAUAGGCGUCCAAGACGACCGCUGCCGCAGGAACACACCAAUUCCUGUACGACACAGAAGGUCCCGCUCUGCAGGGAGCAGAUGGGUAGAUCAUAAGCCUGCCUCUAAUGUGCAAACUGAGACAGUCAUGCAGCCACAUGUCCCUCACGCCAUCACAGUGUCUGUUGCAAAUGAAAAGGCACUAGCUAAGUGUGAGAAGUACAUGCUGACCCACCAGGAACUAGCCUCCGAUGGGGAGAUUCAGACUAAAGUAAUUAAGGGUGAUGUUUUUAAGACCAGAGGUGGUGGACAAUCUGUUCAGUUUACUGAUAUAGAGACUUUAAAACAAGAGUCGCCGACUGGUAGUCGAAAACGAAGAUCGUCCACAGUAGCACCUGCCCAACCAGAUGGUACAGAGUCUGAAUGGACCGAUGUAGAAACAAGGUGUUCCGUUGCUGUUGAGAUGAGAGCAGGAUCUCAGCUGGGCCCCGGAUAUCAGCACCAUGCACAACCCAAGCGCAAGAAGCCUUGACCUGACAGCUCUGGUAGCAGAAGAAUGUUUUCCUUUGUGUUGGUGAUUUCUCCAAAGCUGUGCCAGACACCGUGUCUGAGUCACCCUGCAGAAGAAUGUAUCUAGAUCACAUCGUAUUUUUUAUUGUGACUUUUCCAACUGUUCUGAAUAUUUUCUAAGGUUUUAUAAAAAAACAAAAAACAAAAAUGCUGCUAUUGAUUAGCCGCAAAAAAAUGCACUUUAGACAUAUUUAACAAUUAAGACUUUCAAAAUAAAGAUGGUGACUGGCCAAUGGUAAAGCCAUUUUAGGAAGGUGUUUAGAAUUCUGUAUGUAUAUAUUCACUUUUUGCUUUUAUAUAUGCCAAAAGAAUUGAAAUAAAAAGCACUAAGAAGCACA